AUGUGGCGUGCAGCGCGGGCCGCGCAGCCCGCUGACGUCACUGACAGCUGGCGCGGGCCUGAACGUGACGUGGAGCCUGGCGUUGGCGACAGCCGGCGGGUUCAAAGUGGAGCUGCUGCGACUGCUGGGCGCUCACUCCCAGCUGUUCCCAUGGGAGCAGCGGAUCCUGGUGGUGGAGGGAGUCGACGGCAAGGUGCUGCAGCGUUACGCGGUUACCGCGCUGACAAACGAGACGGCAGCGUCAUGGGGCAUAAUGGCCAAUCCCACGGCUCAGUGGGCGAUGGUCACUCUCCCUGCUGCUCCCUGCUUCGGCUGCACACUCCGCCUCACACAUCAGGUGCCCCUCCUUGCUUCUGUCCCAUGCCUGGGCUCCGUUCGUCGCUAGUUGGAGUUGCGCUAGCAGCAGCAGAAGAGCCGUACGUGCGGUGGAGCUGUGCGGAUGUCACAGUGGUGACAGCAGGCUCCAAUGCAUGCCACGGCUGCAGCGGAGGCAUCGCCCCCUGCGCCCUCUCGCCCCUCUCUGACUCCUGGCAGUGCGCCUGCCCCGCUCAGCUGCAUCUGUCAGGGUCGUACUGUGAGCGCAAGGACGAGUGCAUGGUGGACAGUGACUGCGGUGUGAAUGCCAAGUGCAUCGACAUCCUCUCCUCCAACUCCCCCACAAGGCAGUGCUUCUGUGCGGAGGGGUGGAUGGGGCCGCAGUGCGCACAGCGCUCGCCGCUGUCUCUUGAUGCAGCAGUGGACACCUCUUCCUGGUGGAAAGAGUAUCCAUUCAACCUCACCAUCCCCAUCACCACCACCGCCACCACUAUCAACACAAUCACAAACGCGACUGCUGGCGGCCUUAUGACACCUUCCAUCUCUGCCGCUUCUGCUGGUAUUGGCGGUGCUGCUGCUGCUGCUGGUGACGGCGCGGUUGCAGGCGGUGGAGUGCGGUACAUGACGAUAUGGUGGAAGAUUCUCAAGGAUGAUGCCCCUGAUGCGUCACUGCCUGGGGAAUCCAACCUCGCCUCCUUUGGACCGCAGAUUGAAGUGGCCAUUGCAGCACCCACCACCAGCUACGUCGCCAUUGGCUGGCGCCCGGCCAACCUCCCCUGGGUCCCACCUCCCAACAUCAACCCCUCCCGCGCCACGCCUUUCCCCCCGUCCCCUCCUUCCCCUCCUCCGCCCUCCCCUUCCCCGCCGCCCCCUCACAGGGUACCAGUGCGGGAGGCGUCAGCAGGGGUCAUGCCAGCUAUGUUCCAGCAGGAUAUGACCAUCGUUACAGCCCGAGGGGGUUACUACCGCAUCCAGGAUGCAUGGACGUUUUCCACCCAUGGGAUGCCCAUAGCAGACACAGCAAUGGGCGGUACAGACGACAUUACUGCUGCUACUGCCCACGAAGACGCUGCCUCUGGCACCACAUAUGUCAAAUUCAGACGCCCCCUGUUACCUUCCGAUGAUUCGUUUGACCAUGCCAUCACUGAUAAUGACUUCACCCUCGUCUGGGCCCUCGGUCAACCCUCGCCUGCCCUCCCUUCCACGGGACCCCUCCUCUCAUCCGCUUCCGCUUCCGCUUCUGCUACCCAGACCCUCUCCACCCUCCCCUCCUCGCCCUUCCCCUCCUCCUCCGCCUCUGCCUCGCUGCCUCCCCUCGUGCAGCAGCAGAUUGCUGCGUUCUACAGGGCGGACGAGCUCAAGUACCAUGGGGGCAGCAGCAGCAGCCGGGGGUCAUUCCCGCGCAUCAACCUCUUUCUCGGCUCCGACCCCCUCAACUCCUGCCUCUGCACACCCUCGCCCCUGCCUGGCUUCUCCUGUUCCCUCGCCCUGCAAGGCGAUCGAGUGACCCUCCAUUGGGCCCUCCUCCCCACCUCCAUUUCCCUCGCCCUGCAAGUCACUGACUGCAAAGGAUGGCUCUCUGUAGGCUUCACUCCCUCCCCCUCCUCCUCGUCUCCCUCUAAGCUCUCCGCCCUUGGGAGCUACGUGGUGCUUGCUGAUGUCAGCCAAGCCAGUGCUGGCGUCAGCCGAGUGACUCCCUAUUCACGUGCAGCAGCAGCAACAUCAACAGCCGCAGCAGCAGCAGGAACAGCGGGAGGGGGGACGAGGACAACGGGUGGGGCAGCAGCUGGGGGAGCAUCCAGUGGAGGAGCAGGCGCAGCAGGGAACCCAGUGGUGCGAUCAUACAUACUAGUGAAUCACACAGCGCAGGGCCUGCAGAGCAGCAACCGCUUAGAAUUCACCAACGCAUCAGUCACUCUUGUCAACGGCUCUGCGCUGCUCUCCUUCUCACGCCCCUACACUCAGCGCAACGGCGCCCCGAAUAUCUCCCUUGGGGCGGACGAGCUCUCACACCUCGUGUGGGCCUUUGCUCCCAAUGCCUUCUCCUCCUCUGGGGGUUCUGCGUCCCUGCCCAACCACUAUCUCCAACACAGGGGUUCGCUGUGGUUGAACUGGGCGUCAGGGGAGGCGCAGGUGCAGGCGUCGCCUUUCCCGUGGCUCAUCGCGCAUGCAUCCAUCAUGGCCUUUGUCUUCUGCUUCCUCCUCCCUCUCUCCGCCAUCGCUGCACGGCUCCUAGCAGUACGCCCCGACUCCAACCGCCCUGUCUUCCACCCUCUACACGUCCUCUCUGCUCUCCUCACGCCCCUCCUCCUCGUACCUGCACUCGCCUUCGCCAUCCACGCAGCUUCCUUCUUCCGCACAAACGCCGCCCUCCUCCUCUCCAUAGCCCCCUCCGCACCUCACCGUCUCGCCGCCCUUCUCACCCCGCACGGGCUCCUGGGCGGCGCGCUUGUCCUUUUCCUCGUAAUUGAGGUGAUCUGUGCACUGCUGUGCCGGCCGAGUCCGGGCUCGCCUGGGCACGCAUGGUGGAUGCUGCUGCACAGAGUGCUGGGAGUGGGGUUGCUGCUGGGAGGAGCGGCAAACGUUGCUCUGGGUGCUCUGCAGCUGGCUAUGCUGCUAGGCCAACCGCUUUGGUUGUGUGUGGGCGUGCCUCUGCUCCCCUGGGCGCUCCUUUCUCUGCUCUACCUGCUGCUGCAGCUCGCGCGCCCCACACCAGCAGCGCCACCCAAGCUCCAGGCAGAGGAUUUCGACGUGCUCGCUGCUGCCAUGCGCACCAAAGUAACCGGGUUCAAAGGGGCAGGAGCGGCAGGGGUGAACGGCGGGGCGGGGCAGGGAGAGGGGGUGAGCGGUGGGGUUGUGGGGGGGCUGGAAGAGUGGCCGCCUGCUGGGGUGAAAUGGCCCACGGCUCGCCGAUCCGCACCUGGAACCCCCUCGGGGCCGCAGAGGCAGCAGCAGAGCCCCACGCGCAGCUUCGGCAGUGUGAGUGAGCUCGGCAGUACCACAGACUCCUCCCCGCCCCAAAGGGAGCCCCUGUAUGGGCGCCCCUUCAUCUCCCACAGCAGUGGCGAGAGCAGUAGCAGCGGUGGGGAGCAGCGCAGGCUUACUGCUCCUGAGAUCCACACCAGGUUGCCGCGGGUGAGCGGAGCGGAGGUUGCGGGGAGGAGUGGCAGGCACGGCGGGAGGGAACACUGCCUUUGCCUCAGCCUCUGUCACCCUCGCCAUCCCUGCAUCCCUGCUAGCCCCGCCGUCGCUGCCAAUUCUGCGAGUCUUGCCGUUCUUGCCUGUCUUGCCAGCUCGGCCGAUUCGUCGUUGGACGUUGCUCAAUCGCACGCCUCGAUCUCGCCAUCCAUGGCGUCAGCAACUCCAUCGGACGGCCUAGCGCAAUCCCCGCCUCCUCCGGCGGCGGAAUUCACAGCGGAUCCCGCCACGUCAGUGGCGGAAGCUGGUGCCACGUGGCAGGCGGAGGCGUCGUCACAGACGCGGUCGCAGUCCCCGUCGGCCGAGCUCGCGCGGCAAUCCCAAGGUCCGGUCGAAACACCCGCGCAAGACUCUGGUGCUGCGGGAAAGGGUGAAGGCGGUGAAAUCCCCGCGGGUGAUUCUUCCGGUGUGGAUGAAAUUCCCGCUGAUGGGGGUGUACCCUCUGCCGCUGCUCCCACUCCUGCUGCUCCUGCUGCUCCCGCUGCCUCCGCUGCUCCCGCCGCCCCCGCUGCUCCCGCCCCUCCCGCCGCUCCCGCUGUCGGUGAGGAGCAGUCGACUGGCGGGUCAGUCGGCACUCCUGCGGCCGCUCUAACCACUGCUGGCAGUAGCCGCGGGCUUAACGCCGCCGCUCCCGCCUUCGUCCCGCAGUUUGCAUGCGCGGGCGUAGGCGCAGGCGCAGACGUUGCGUGGCUGCCGGCGCACCUGCCGCUGCUUCCACUGCCGUUCAACACGCCUGGAACGGCGCAGCAAGGCGUCGCCGGUGCGCCGUUCGCGGGGUAUGGCGGAGGAAUAUCCGCGCACGCGCUGGCGCAAGGGGUUGGCGGAGGGUGGGGGGACGCGGGGUGGGAAGCGGGGGGGGGUUGGGGCGCGCAGGAUGCGCUUGGGGCGAUGUGGGGAAGCGGAGCGGACGGCGGAAGGAGAGAGGGACGCGCGGAUGGGAUGGCAGGUGGUGGCGGGGCGGGCGGAACGGCUCGUGUGGAGUUCUAUUUCAGCGAUGACAACAUGCCAUACGACCAUCACCUCCUAUCUAUGGCCAACCACGACCCCCAAGGCUUCGUGUCUCUCUGGUACCUGGCACAGUUCAGGGAGGUCCGGUCCAUGCUGCAUCCCAGCAUGUCCACUGCACCAGGCUCCAUUGUUACACUGCUUGCCGAUGCCAUCCGUGAAGCCUCCUCCUCCACUACCCUGGUGUUGAGUGACGAUGGCAUGCGUGUGCGCAGGCAGCAACCCUUCCCCUUCACAGACGUCGAUGAGCUGCAAGCACGCACAGUCGUCGCGCACAACCUCCCGCCCAACCUCUCCCUCUCUGCGAUAGAGGACAUCUUCAAGCAGGCUGGCAGGGUGCGCAUGGUGCGUCUCUGCACCCCACAGGCGUCUGGUCACACUGCUUCUGCUGUGGCCCACGUGCGAGUUGCCGCUGCUACUGCCCCUUCUACCGCUGCUGCUGCUGCUGCCGCUCCUUCCAAUGCUGAUGCCCCUUCAGCCGCCGCUGCACCUGCCGCUGCUGAUGCCCCUUCAGCUGCUGCUGCUGCUGCCCCUUCCGCUGCUGCUGACCUGGUUACUGGUGCCAGCAACAGCCACGGGGAGGCAUCAUCAUGUGCGAAGUUCCACGCAUUGAUCGAGUUUGAGACAGUGAAAGAAGCUCACAAUGCGGUGGAGACACUGAACAGCAGCGACUGGCGCCAUGGGAUGCACGUCAAGCUGUUCAAGAAACUCACUAAAGCAUGUUCAGGAGACCCCCUUUGUGACUCCUGCGCCGCUGCGCCUGCUGCAUCGCCCACGGCUCACGGCAAGAAGAGCAGGGCAGGGAAGGGCAGGGGGCGAGGGGGAGAGGGAGGUGGCAACAAACACGGGGCAGCAGGGGGAGCGGGAGGAGCAGCAGCCGGCCGGGGUGGGGCAGGAGGGGUCGGUUCUAAAGGGAGUGCGCCUGGUGCAGCAGCAGCUGCUGCUGGCGGCAGUGGCGGAGGUGGUGGGAGCAGCGGCGGUGGGGGGGAGGCAGUGGGGAGCAAGCCACUGCCAGGGCCGAGGGGUCCGGAUGGAAGCAGAGGGUUCUCCCUGGGGAGAGGGAAGCGCAUGCCUGGGUCGUGA